UCCGUUCCUACCAAAAGGUUGCCAGCUGAACCUCUCUUCGUGCCAGACUGGUUGUGUUCUUCAACCUCUUGCUCAUUUGCACCUUGCAGUCGGCCACAGUUCUGAGUAGAACUCACUGUCCUUGUCUCACGCCAUGGGUAGCGCACCAUCCAGUUUCGCCUCGGACCUCCACGCCUUCGUGUUGGAAUCGGCCCUCCUCAUCUUUCAUGUGUUCAUCCAACCGCUCCUCUUCCACCCGAGCUUCCGAGGUAUCUCAGAUCCUACAUUCGGUAGAGAUAGGCUCCCUUACUCAUACACCGAGAAGCGACUUAUUUACGAAAAUCCAAAGGUGAAGGCCACGACCGAAAGAGUCAUUCUCAGCAGAGAGGCAUUGCGCAAAGGAAAAAGCUGGGAUCGUCCUGGAACUGCGUGGGUCACUUAUCAUGUGUGGGAAAUGCUUGAGGCGACUGAUAGGGAACAUCUCAAUGCGGACGUAAUUCUUAUUCACGGACUGAACGACUAUUCGGGAAAGCUAGCUCCGCAUGGGUCUCGUUUCAUGGAAGCAGGAUUUCGUGUCAUCGCAGUCGACUUGCCGGCCUUUGGUCGAAGCACUGGCCUUCAUGCCUAUUUACCGUCCAUGCGUUUGCUCGUAGAGGCUUUGCGGGCUGUUAUCUGUCAAAUACAGGAAAACGACAAGGCAUCCGGCAAUGUUUGCACAAGAAAGGUUUUCCUCGAGGGCCACAGCAUGGGAGCUUUCACCGCUUUAUACUACGCUGCACUGUACUCACCAGAUCCUGCACACCGUAUCAGUGACCAGGGGCAACGUCAAAUCAGUGGCGUCGUAGUCGUUGCCCCGAUGAUCGCCAUCUCCCCUGAGUCACGUCCUGGAUAUGCGGUGGAACUUUUGGCGAAAGCUCUUGCGUUAUUCGCCGGACGAUUGCCGCUCGCAGCGGCGGUCCGCGGAAAUGUCUCUGACGACCCCCGCGUGGAAAAAGAACACGAGCAAGACCCUCAAACGUACAAAGGAAAACUCAGGAUUGCAACGGGGCUGUCGGUGUUGGCCGGCCUCAUCGAUCUAGAGCUUCAUGCAUCCAAAAUCACCGUUCCAGUUGCGAUCCAUCACGGUGACAGAGACAGAGCAACAAGUUACCGUGGGUCAGUGAAGUUCUUUGAAACAAUCGGGUCCCAGGAGAAGAGUUUAAGGCUUUGGGAGGGGUAUGAGCAUGUCAUGAUGAAGUUCGUUCAAAGUGGCGGUGGUAUGACUGACGAAGACAAGGCAAAGACGGCGGCAGUGCUUGAAGACAUUACUGCAUGGCUGGUGCGACAGGCAAAGGCCCAGUAA